UUCCAUGCAUGUUUUCUCAUCUACACAGACAAAAUCACUAAAUUUUCCCUUGCCUUCUCUUAAUCCAAUAAUAAAGAGAAAAGGUGUAAAAGUCCAACACCUUGCCGAUAGGUGGUGGAAUUUCAGGGGGAGGAAUGACAGGUUCUAGCGGCGGCUCCCUUUGGGGUCGUCUUUGGCCUCAAUUGGCCGUGGCAUUGGUUAUUCUCUUUGUUUCAAGCAAUGUAGGUUCAGUCUCAGGAGAUGCUUAUGUUUAUAGUUCACCACCUCCACCUUAUGUAUACAAGUCUCCACCACCUCCAUCACCAUCUCCUCCACCUCCUUAUGAAUACAAGUCACCACCUCCUCCAUCACCUCAUCCACCACCAACAUACGUGUACAAAUCCCCACCACCUCCAUCUCCAUCUCCUCCUCCACCAUAUAUCUACAAGUCACCUCCUCCACCUUCUCCUUCCCCGCCACCACCAUAUGAGUACAAGUCACCACCACCACCAUCCUCAUCUCCCCCACCACCUUACAUCUACAAAUCACCUCCUCCACCUUCACCAUCCCCGCCACCACCUUAUGUCUACAAGUCACCACCUCCACCUUCACCAUCACCACCCCCACCUUACAUCUACAAAUCUCCUCCACCCCCUUCACCAUCCCCACCACCCCCCUACUAUUAUAAGUCUCCACCACCUCCUUCGCCAUCUCCCCCGCCACCUUAUGUCUACAAGUCACCGCCUCCACCUUCAUCAUCACCACCCCCACCUUACAUCUACAAAUCUCCUCCACCCCCUUCACCAUCCCCACCACCCCCCUACUAUUAUAAGUCUCCACCACCUCCUUCGCCAUCUCCCCCGCCACCUUAUGUCUACAAGUCACCGCCUCCACCUUCAUCAUCACCACCCCCACCUUACAUCUACAAAUCUCCUCCACCCCCUUCACCAUCCCCACCACCCCCCUACUAUUACAAGUCUCCACCACCUCCUUCGCCAUCUCCCCCACCACCUUACUACUACAAGUCUCCCCCACCACCCGAUCCUUCACCACCACCUCCAUACUACUACAAGUCACCACCUCCACCUUCAUCAUCACCACCCCCACCUUACAUCUACAAAUCUCCUCCACCCCCUUCACCAUCCCCACCACCUCCCUACUAUUAUAAGUCUCCACCACCUCCUUCGCCAUCUCCCCCACCACCUUACUACUACAAGUCACCACCACCCCCUUCACCAUCUCCACCACCCCCUUACUACUAUAAAUCCCCACCACCACCCAAAAAAUCACCACCACCACCAUACUACUACAAGUCACCACCUCCUCCCUCACCAUCACCGCCCCCACCAUACCACUACAAUUCUCCACCACCACCCACUCAUUCACCACCUCCACCUUAUUACUACAAGUCACCACCACCACCCUCACCAUCUCCUCCCCCUCCAUACUACUACAAGUCUCCACCUCCUCCUUCACCAUCUCCUCCACCACCAUACUAUUACAAAUCUCCUCCACCACCUUCAAAAUCUUCUCCACCUCCUUAUUACUACAAGUCUCCACCACCUCCAACUAAGUCCCCACCACCUCCAACACCAUACUACUACAAGUCUCCACCACCACCUUCACAUCCUUUACCACCACCCUACUAUUACAAAUCUCCACCACCACCUAAAGCUCUACCUUCUCCAUACUACUACGCUUCCCCCCCUCCUCCCAUCCCUUACCCUCACAACCACCAUCAUGACUUAAUUGUCAAGGUGGUAGGAAAAGUUUAUUGUUACAGAUGUUAUGACUGGGGAUAUCCAGUGAAGUCACAUGAUAAAAAGCAUCUAAAAGGUGCCGUGGUGGAGGUAACAUGCAAGGCAGGCACUGAGAAGGUCAAGGCCUAUGGUAAAACCAAGAUCAAUGGAAAAUACAGUAUCACCGUUAAAGGCUUCAACUAUAAAAAGUAUGGAGGAAAGGAAUGCAAGGCCAAGCUUCACGCGGCUCCAAAGGGUUCAUCAUGCAAUAUCCCAACUGGCCUACACUGGGGUAACAAAGGUGCCUCCCUCAAGGUGAAGUCCAAGACAAAGUAUGAAGUUGUGCUUUCAGCUAAGUCAUUCGCUUAUGCUCCUAAGACCCCUUAUAAGGAGUGUGAGAAGCACAAGCCCACUCCAGCUCCUUACUACUACAAGUCCCCUCCACCCCCACCUCCCGCUUACAUAUACAAGUCACCUCCACCACCUCCACCAACCUAUAUUUACAAGUCUCCACCACCCCCACCUUAUCUUUAUAAAUCACCCCCUCCACCAACAUAUAUCUAUAAAUCACCACCACCUCCUUCACCAUCCCCCCCACCUCCAUACUAUUAUAAAUCUCCACCACCACCAUCUUCAUCACCACCACCACCCUAUUACUAUAAAUCACCACCACCUCCUUCACCUUCACCCCCACCUCCAUAUUAUUAUAAAUCCCCACCACCACCAUCUCCAUCACCACCACCACCCUACUACUACAAAUCACCUCCACCACCGGUUCACUCUCCUCCCCAACCUUACUACUACAAAUCACCACCCCCACCAUCCCCGUCACCUCCUCCACCAUACUACUACAAAUCACCUCCCUCACCGGUUCAUUCCCCUCCCCCACCUUACUACUACAAAUCACCACCCCCACCAUCUCCGUCACCUCCCCCACCAUAUUACUACAAAUCACCUCCACCACCAUCCCCGUCACCUCCUCCACCAUACUACUACAAAUCUCCUCCUCCACCAGUUCAUUCCCCUCCCCCACCAUACUACUACAAAUCACCACCACCACCAUCCCCAUCACCUCCCCCACCAUACUAUUACAAAUCUCCUCCUCCACCGGUUCAUUCCCCUCCUCCACCUUACUACUACAAAUCACCACCUCCGCCAUCUCCAUCACCUCCUCCACCUUACUACUACAAAUCACCUCCACCACCGGUUCACUCCCCUCCCCCACCAUACUACUACAAAUCUCCUCCUCCACCAUCACCAUCUCCUCCUCCACCCUACUACUACAAAUCACCUCCACCACCAGUUCACUCUCCACCACCACCAUACUACUACAAAUCACCUCCUCCACCAUCAUCGUCUCCUCCUCCACCCUACUACUACAAAUCUCCACCACCUCCAUCCCCAUCUCCUCCACCUCCAUACUACUACAAAUCCCCUCCACCACCCGAUCCUUCACCACCACCUCCAUACCACUACAAGUCCCCACCACCUCCUUCACCAUCUCCUCCACCACCUUACUACUACAAAUCCCCACCUCCCCCCUCGUCAUCUCCUCCCCCUCCAUACCAUUACAGCUCCCCACCCCCACCAUCAUCAUCUCUUCCCCCUCCAUACCACUACAGCUCCCCACCCCCGCCAUCCCCAUCACCACCACCUCCUUACUACUACAAGUCUCCUCCACCACCAUCUCCAUCUCCUCCUCCUCCAUACGUCUACAAGUCCCCACCUCCCCCUUCACCAUCACCACCUCCUCUAUACUACUACCAUUCACCUCCCCCGCCGAUGAAAUCACCCCCACCCCCGGUUUACAUUUACGCUUCUCCACCACCACCAAUUCACUACUAGGCACAGAAAGCUCCGUAAAUCACCACAAAUCAUGUUUUAGUUUCAGCAAUGUAAUAAAAGAAGGCCGGUUCAAGAGCGAAAAGAGUAGAUACGAAGCAUCCUUUCCAAAUCCAUUCAAUAAGUGUCUAAAUUUUGCAACAAAAAUGUUUAAAAACUUUACCAUUCUCUCAAACUUCAACGUGGCAAUCUUGUAUACCAUUAUAUUGGGCCCGGCUUCAAAAGGUUCCCUUCGAAUCAAGAUGAGGAAGUGAGAUUGAAGAAGUAGACCGGGAUUUGGAAAUGAGCUUUCGCAGAUUGUUUGUUAGUUGUUUUUCUUUUAUUUUAAUUUAUUUGAUCAAAUUAGUACAGGGGUUCCAUUUAAUUUAUUAAAUAGAUGUAUUAUCGCAUAGCCUCGUUUGUUUGGGCUUCUAUUUAUUGUGGGCAAAUUGUGGUUUCUGGGACCUUCUUGUGCUUUGCACCGAGGUUAUUGGUAAUAAAGGAGCGCUCUUUUUCAA